AUGUCGCUAGCAAUCUCAAACGAAACCUCGACUUUGAGAGAAACUCAUAUUCGCUCUUUAGAAAAGCUAUUGAAUUUAAAUCAAAAUGUUGAUGAAUUAGAAAAGGAUCCUAAUUAUAAAUCGGAGUUUCCGAUCUGGAAAGUUUUGAUUUUUGAUAAGUCUGGUUCAGACACUAUAUCUUCUGUAAUGCGCAUUACUGAGUUGAGAAAACACGGUGUCACCGUCCACAUGAAUAUCACUUCUUCUCGUCAACCUAUAGCAGAUGUUCCUGCGAUUUAUUUUGUUCAACCUACUGAGGAAAAUGUUGAGUAUAUCAUUGAUGAUCUCUCGAAAGGUUUGUACGAAUCUGCUUACGUCUGUUUCUCUUCCAGCAUUCCACGCAGCCUUUUAGAAAAAUUCGCAGAACUCGCUUCAAAAACAAAUACAAGCCACAUGAUUAAUCAAGUUUACGAUCAGUACCUAAACUAUGUAGUUUUAGAGUCUGACUUUUUCUCACUCCAGCUCCCAGGAGUCUUCCACACUAUCCACAGUCCUUCUUCCGAUGAUGCGCUGAUUGAAAAUACCAUUCAAAGUACAGUGAACCGUCUUUUUUCAGUUAUUGUUACCCUCGGGACAAUCCCCAUUAUUCGUUGCCCUCAAGGGUCUGCUGCUGAGUUGGUAGCUAGAAAGUUAAACCAGCGUCUAAAAGACCAUUUGAUGAACACAAAAGAUGUUUUUGGUACUUUAAAUCCUAAAAUCCGUCCUUUACUCAUCCUUUUGGAUAGAACAGUUGACCUCGUUCCCAUGAUCAAUCAUUCUUGGACCUACCAAGCUUUGAUCCAUGACACUCUAAACAUGCACCUUAACAGAGUAAUUUUGGAAUCUGUCGAUGAGGGAAAAGUCUCUAAACAAUCCUAUGACUUAAAUGGGAGCGAUUAUUUUUGGGAAGCAAACGCCAAUAAGCCAUUUCCAGAGGUGGCUGAGAAUAUCGACGAAGAAUUAACCCGUUACAAGAAUGAUGCAAAUGAAAUUACAAGGCGUUCUGGUGCUUCUUCUUUAGAGGAAUUUAAUGCCGAUGCUUUCACCGAUUCAACAUACUUGAAAGCCGCGGUUAGCCUUCUCCCAGAGCUUACGGCUCGUAAACAGCUAUUGGAUAUGCAUAUGAGUAUUGCAACAACAAUUUUGAAAGCCAUUAAAGAGCGUCACCUCGAUGAUUUUUUCCAAAUGGAAGACAACGUUACAGGACUUAAUAAAAGUGCAAUUCUUUCUUGCUUAGAAGAUAAAGACAAAGGCACACCUGACGACAAGCUUCGAUUUUUCAUUAUUUGGUAUUUGAGUGUUGACACUGUCCCGGGUGCCGACUUGCAAGCAUAUGAAGAAGCAUUGGUUAAUAAUGGUUGUAGUUUGGAGGCUCUUAAUUUUGUUAAAAGGGUCCGUGAAAUUACUAAAAUGACCAUGCUGGCUUCUUCCACGACGCGCCCAAUGGCUAAUCAGCCAGGUGAUAAUAUUUUCGGUGGUUUCUCAAGCCUUUCUAGUAAAUUUACCGAUCGAUUUAAGGAGGCUGGGAUUGGCGGUCUAGAGAACAUAAUAUCUGGUGUUAAGAAUUUAAUCCCCUUUAGAAAAGACGGGACGAUUACUUCCAUCGUUCAAAGCUUAAUGGAUCCUGGAUCUUCUUCCGUGUCCAAGCAGACAGAGUCGUAUCUUGUAUUUGAUCCCAAAGCUUCUCACGCUUCAAGUGAUCCCAGAGGCAUGAACAAACGCCAAAUUUUUAACGAAGCUAUCGUCUGCGUCUUGGGUGGUGGUAAUUACUUGGAAUACGGAAAUUUGAUGGAUUGGGCAAAAGAGCAAAAUCCACCUAAGCAUAUAACCUACGGCAGUACCGACGUUCAGUCACCUAGUCAGUUUAUGAACGAGAUGGCAUCUCUAUCAUGA